AUGGUAUAUCCUUACCCUGCUGCCUAUGCAGACGAGGUAAAAAAGCAAAUCAGCAAACUCCUGGAAGAUGGUAUUAUUCGACCAUCUCGUUCAGCGUGGACGGCACCAGUAUGCGUUGUACCAAAGAAACCCGAUGCCUCAGGAGAGAAAAAAUUCCGAAUGGUGAUAGACUAUCGGAAGGUGAACGAGAAGACAAUUCCCGAUAAAUAUCCAAUGCCCGAGAUUGGGUAUGUUUUAGAUCAACUAAAGGGUCAAAAAUACUUCACCACCCUUGAUUUAGCGUCUGGAUUUCACCAGAUUAAAAUGAGGGAGAAAGAUAUCGAGAAAACGGCUUUCGCCAUCAACAACGGGAAAUAUGAGUUCACUCGAAUGCCGUUCGGCUUGAAGAACGCUCCUGCGAUCUUCCAGCGGGCAAUUGACGACGUGCUAAGAGAUCACAUAGGGAAAAUAUGCUAUGUGUACAUCGAUGACGUCAUCGUGUUUGGAAAGACCCUAAACGAACAUUUGAAAAAUCUUAAAAUAAUUCUAGAAACACUAAAUAAUGCAAAUCUCAAGAUUCAGUUGGACAAAUGCGAGUUUUUGCAUUCUGAAAUAGAAUUUUUAGGAUUUAUUAUCGGUGCUGAAGGAAUCAAACCUAACACUAAAAAAAUUGAAGUUAUCAAUAGACUACUACUGCUAUUAUGUAUUCAACCAGACCAACUUCAAUCGAUACAAGAUGUGACACUCGACUUACGGGACGUAGGACGUCAACCAGUCAUGAUCUUCGAUCAAGGCGAGGCACGGAUCAAACUUGACCACACAUAUUACAUUCAUCACUUCAAUCUAACGACUAUUAGAAUGCAAGUAAAAAGCCUUAGAGAUCAGUUUGAAAACUUUAGCAGAAAUCAAUUUUCCGACUUAAUAAUAGAAAAAUUUAACGAAAUAGAUUUUGCAUUAAAAAGCAUAGACCCUAUCAGACGUCAUAAACGUUGGGAUAGCUUAGGCACAGUUUGGAAAUUUAUAGCUGGCAGUCCAGAUGCCAAUGAUUUGAGAAUCAUCAAUUCUACCAUAAAUAAUUUAAUUAUGAACAAUAAUGAGCAGAUCAGGAUUAACCGUGAGAUAAACCUACAAUUGAAGGAAGCAAUGUUUGAAACGAAAAAGGCAAUCAAUCUGUUUAACACAAGAUCAGCCGAAACUUAUUCCACUAAGAUUUUAUUUCAUUUAAACUACUUAUCAAAGAAAUUGAAUCAGAUAAUUGAUACAAUCUUGUUGGCUAAAUUAGGAAUAGUAAACGAAAAAAUUCUGAGCCAACGUGAAAUUGAUAUUUUAAUCAAUGAUUUAGCUAGGGAAAAUAUAACGGUUCAUACUGCUCUGGAGGCAAUGAAUUAUGCGACGACAUCAGUGGCAACGAACAGUUUGGAAAUUGCACUCAUAAUAAAAAUGCCAAAACUCGACCCGAGAAUAUUCAACAAAAUACGUCUAUACCCAAUCAUUCACAAAAAUAAGCAAAUUCAUAUAGAUCAUCGAUUUUAUCUAACUCACAAAGACGAGAUUUACUCCAUAAACUCAGUCGAACCUACUAUAUUCGACGAUUUUUAA